UCUCCCACCAGCCACCCAUGGGACACAGUCAUCAAGGCUGCCAUGAGGAAGUACCCGAAUCCGAUGAACCCCUGUGUCGUGGGAGUCGAUGUGUUGGAGCGCAGCGUGGACGGCCGCGGCCGGCUGCACAGCCACCGCCUCCUGAGCACGGAGUGGGGGCUGCCGGGCCUUGUGAGAGCGCACCGUGACAGACUGCAGCCUGGCUGUAUCAUUUGUUGGAUUUUGGGGACCAGUAGGACUUUGACGUACAUUAAAGAACAUUCGAUUGUGGACCCGGUGGAAAAGAAGAUGGAGCUUUGCUCUACCAAUAUCACACUCACAAACUUGGUAUCAGUGAAUGAGAGAUUGGUAUACACACCCCAUCCAGAGAACCCUGAAAUGACUGUGCUCACACAAGAAGCCAUCAUCACUGUGAAGGGCAUCAGCCUAGGCAGCUAUCUGGAAAGUUUAAUGGCCAACACAAUAUCAUCCAAUGCACAGAAGACGCCUCGCCUAAAAAACCAAAUGAAGGAAGGAAAGAGAAAGGAAUACAGACGCGAGGCUCAGCGGUCGUUCGCCGGCGGUCCCGGUCGGGAGACGCGUGUGGUCUGCCGGUCACCGCCUCCGCCGGCUUCCGCGCUGCGACCUCGCGAGCGCAGUUCCGGAGGCUGCGCCCUACGCAGCGGCAGGAUGACGUCGCAGUUCGAGGACAGGUCCGCCCCGCCGCGCCAGGCGCCUCGUCUGCUGUCCCAGAGCAGCAGCUCCUCGGGAUCCUAUUAAACAGCUUUUCUCUUUUCCGACACCUCCCGUUUCCCGCACGUGCUCCUUCACCAAUAGCCGUCACCACGAGUCCCCGCACACACGUCUGGCCGCCGCCUGUCACGUCAGACGCUGUCGCCGCCCAUCCUCUGCCCUCAUCACUGCAUGUCCCACGCGUCAGCUGUGGCAGGGCGGCCACCGGCGCGGCAGCAGCCAAGGUGCCUGAGGGUGCACGCUGUCCGCUCCGCUUUAAGACUUCCAGCUGGACGUGUAGUUUCCCCAUUUUCAAAAGUAAACUGUAAAAUCUCUUUCGGUGCAUUUCUAGUGAGAACUGUAGAGAAGGCUUCUGCCAUAAAGGGUGGGUAGGACUGCUCCUUACCUCGCUUUUUAGGCAUUGCUUUUUGAUAAUAGUACUUCUAAUCCAAAGUGAAAUUAAAUUUAUAUUUUUCUCAAACUUUUUUCAUAGUUUAAGAUACAAGAGUUAAAAAGAUUUAUGGCAAAAAGAAGCCCGCUUACCUUUUCUGCAAAGCACGCUCUUCUUUCAACUCUGAGUAGCUUCAAGCAUUUCCUGCCAGACUUCUAAAUAAACGUUUUCUGCUGUUUUGAUUCAA